AUGGACACGCCAGACAGCACUUACAGUGGCUUCUUGUCCUUGCCCACUGAGAUACGAUGUCAGAUCUACGAUUAUUUGCUUGCUGAAUCAUACGCCAUUACUAUCAGCGCCGCAUACACGACUUUCCAUGGUACUCGGAUACAAGAUCGCGCUCGCAAGACCGAGAUCCCGGGUUUGCCACUUCAUCUCGCUCCGAUAGCACGACGCGGCCAUGUCGCAUCCCUCCUCUCCGUCGCGAUACCUCCAAAGAUCGACCUUGAAGAUGGACAAAUGGACAAUGUUGCAGACGAGAAUCUGGGGCUCUCAGCUCCAUUGGCACUGUCAUUGACCUCUCAUCUGGUCAAUGAUGAGCUGAGGGAUUGCAUGCGGAGGCGAAAGCAUAUGUUGGAUGCGCGAGCUGAGUACGAUGACGACGGUGUUCUUCUGGACGAUGAAGAGAACGCCGAAGGCAUAUCACUCCAUGUAUCAUACCCAUACGGAGUUCUGGUCUUGAAGAGCCAGUAUCCGUACUUGCUAAAGCAAGCGCGGAGAGUCUACGUUUCUGGCUACUACACGCCUCUUCUCGAAGAAGAGCCAACUGUCCCAGAUCCUAGCGAUAGUGAGCAUUUGACACCAUCAAGCAGCCUUGCAAUACCUUCUUUCAACACGCCAGUAUCGGGCCCUACGACGAGCUUUAUAGCUACACCCAGCAAUUCCGCAAGACGGCCUCCCCGCCACGGCGCAAAUAGAAGCCCCUCUCGUCCACGCCUCCGCAUGGGCGCACCACUCCCAUGCCAAUCACGCCACAAUACACACAUCUAUACAGCUUUCCCCGUAUUUUCCAAAUCUACUGCAACACACGCUCCAGUUGCCCUCGCACAUCUCGUAUCUACCAUAAUGCCUAAAACCCUUGGGUCACUUACAAAAUUCACGGCGCGUAUCCUCUUUCCGGGGGAGAAUACGUAUAGCUGCGUUUGGGGUGACGACAACAGCCCCGUCACUCACAUCCUGCGCAGCAUCUGCGGCGGCAAGAUUGAUAUGAAAGUGUUGAGGUGUAACUUGGGCACGGGGCUUAAGUUGACGGCAAGGCCGAAACCAUGGAGUCGUAUCGUGAGUACGAGUUGGGUCAAUUGGAAGAGGGGAGAUCUUCCAGCAGAGGGCGGCCCCAAUGUUGCAAGAAGGGCAAGUGGGUCAUUGAGCGUGCUUGAUUUGGACGAUUUUUUGACGAGCGUUCCAUACGAUGCGUGA